GGAGUUUCAGCGAUGAAGGACAUUCCGCAUGGAGAAGCUGAUCAGAUAGGCACCAGGGCAAUACUACUAUGUGCUAUUAACAUGAAUAUUGGUCGAUGCCUUUCAGGAAUUGGCAUCUAACGGACUGCGUCGAGCAAUUGUCAACGUAGCCCUAAUCCGGAGUGUCUGUGCCGACGCUGACGCUGCCCUGCCGUCUGCUGCUACUACUCUGCACGAAGGACAAAACCGUCCUUCAGUUAGUUUUGCACAUUUUACUCAACUGGACCUGAAUACACCACUAUCCCCAUUAACCAUGGCGGUUCGCAAGUUGGUCCCCGAAACAGCACCAGUGGUGGACGAUGCCCCUGCCUCUACCUCCGUGGACCACAAGAGAUCACUGGCGCACAAGCUCCUGAUUGAACUACUUUCGUGAGUGCCUCGUCGUGUAUCUAUCCUAUCUGCUGGAUCAUAACCGAGAGGAUGUUCUAUUACAGGUACCAGCUCGCACUACCGGUCCGAUGGUGAGUGGAUUGGAUUGCAUUGAACGACGGCUCCAUCAAGUAUCAUGCAUUAACGUCACAGGAUCGAAACACAAAACGAGCUCCUACAAUGGCCAGAGACCAUCCAGAGAUAUGUCGAGGUCGGGCCGAGGACAACGCUGGUCACCAUGGCGAAGAAGACGGCUGCUCGCCGUGCAUCGUCGCAGAUCGUGUCUGCAUCCAAGCUUUCUACGCUGAAAUUCCUAUGCACGAGUGACAAUACGGCCGAGAUUUACUAUGAGUAUCCGCAGGAGAGUGGCGCUCCGGUGGAAGAGGAGGGAUCUAAGUCUGAUGCUGCAGCUCCGGCUCUUGCAGUCAGUGGCUCUUCCAGGACCGCUACCACCGCAAAGGCAACGGUGACGACGCCGUCGUCAAGUUCUCCAGAAACGGCUCCUCCAGCGGCAUCGACUCCCAGUCAGGGGACUCCUGCUGGCGGCAGCACGACUCCCGAUAUUCCUCUCUCUGCGAAGCAUGUCGUUCUAGCUAUGAUCGCACAGAAAUUCAGACGUGCAUUCGACAAUAUCCCGACGCAGAAAACCGUCCAGGAGCUUUCUGGCGGCAAAUCAACUCUCCAGAACGAGAUAAUGGGAGACCUGGCGGUGGAAUUUGGCCAACUCCCCGACGGCGGCGAAUACAUCCCGCUAGACGCACUGGGCGAUGCACUGCAGGGGAACUUCCCAGGAAAGCCAGGGAAGCAGAUGUCGUCCUUGAUUACAAAGUUGAUUUCCCGCAAGAUGCCGGGCGGAUUCAACCAGGCCGCUAUGCAGAACCACCUGGAAAGAGAAUGGGGGUUCAGCAAGGCCCAUGGUCAGGUUGUCAUUUGCCUUGCUAUCACGGUCGAGCCCGAGUCUCGUCUGGAGAGCGCGGACAGUGCCAGGGAGUUCCUGGACGGUCUGGUUUCUCGAUAUGCGUCGUAUGCGGGUAUUACCAUGACGCCACGGGGCAAGGGCAACGUUUCGGCUGAUCAUUCGUCUGCCGUUAUGGUCGAUGAAAGCGUGUUGAAUGGCAUCAAAAGGGAGCAGAGGGACUACCAAAUCAAGGAGCUUGAGUUGCUAUCCAAGCAUCUACAGCUGGAUACGGCGGCCGAUGACGCCGUGCUGAACGAGCUGCGUGCGUCCCAGAAGAGCUUGGAGGAGAAACUUGACCGCUGGGCCUCCGAGUUCGACGACAAGUUCUUCAGCGGGAUCGAGGCGAUAUUCGACGCCCGUAAAGUUCGUCAGUAUGACUCGUGGUGGAACUGGGCCCGCGAAGACACGAUGCGUUUGCUCAGCCGGAUGAGGCCCGGACAACUGCCCCUGCAGCACCUGCAGGAGCAGGGUCUGGUGGCACAGCUGCUGCGCAGGUGGGAGCCUAGCUGUGCAGAGAUUGUCCAGAACUUCCUUGACACGGGCGAAUGCAAGGAGCCCUUUCUUGCCACGGCUGCAGAGAUCCUGCGACUUGGAUCAGACGCGCUGAAGAAGAGCCCUGUCUACCGAUUCACCACGCCGUCGAUGAAGCCUCGAACCGUCAUUUCAGCCACGGGAUGCGUUGAGUACUCCGAGGUUCCCCGUGAGAACAGUUCAUACAUCGCUCUGCUGAAACAAGGGCUCGUGGCUGCCUCGGGCGAGAGAGUACCCUAUGUGCAUCUCAAGAAGAAGGCCCCUGAUCAAGCCUGGCGGUACGAUGCACAGUCAACUGAGAUCCUUCUAGAGGCUCUCGGCACCGGCUCCGGUGCAGGACUCACCUUUUCCGGCAAGACAGUGCUGGUCACAGGCGCCGGACCGAACUCCAUCGGCGCAGCAGUAGUUCGGGGUCUGCUGAACGGCGGUGCGAAGGUCAUCGUCACCACCAGCCGCAGCGUUUCCAGCGCCGCUUCGUUCUUCCAGCGAAUGUACCGGGAAUGCGCUGCCCGGGGGGCCACGAUGGCCGUGGUACCCUUCAACCAAGCCAGCAAGAGAGACUGCGAAUCGCUGGUGGAGUAUAUCUACGGCGCACAUUCGCCCGUGGACGGUGACCUCGACUACCUCGUGCCGUUUGGAGCGAUCCCCGAGAAGGUCGAGCUCAGCAAGCUCGAUGGCGCGUCUGAGCUGGCGCAUCGAGCCAUGCUGGUCAAUAUCCUGCGCAUCCUGGGCCUGGUGUACAAGGAGAAGGAACAGCGUGGAUUACGCACGAGACCGACCACCGUCAUUGUUCCGCUGUCUUUCAACCUGGGAGGAUUCGGUGGUGACGGCCUCUAUCCUGAGUCCAAGAUCGGAUUGGAGGCGCUGUUCAACCGGUACUUCUCUGGGAACUGGUCUGACUAUCUCAGCAUCUGCGGCGCGGCCAUCGGCUGGGUCCGGGGGACGACGCUUUCACAGUCCAUCCGGCUGCUCGGCGAGGCCAUCGAGCAUGCCAAUGGCCUGGAUGUUAUUACUUUCUCGCAAGAGGAGAUGGCCUUCAAUAUUCUCGCCUUGAUGACGCCCUCCAUCGCGGAGACGUGCGAGGAGGGUCCCGUGUACGCGGAUCUCACCGGGGGAGCGAAGGCGAUCGCCAAUAUCAAGGACGUGAUGGCAGCGGCACGGGCGAAGUUCUUGAAGGAAAGCAGCAUUCAAAAGGCUCUCUUGGCCGAGAGAGCCUACGAACAGAGAGUGUUGUAUGGCUCUGAGUCUCCCCGGAACGACACGUCCUCGCCCCGUCCCCGUCUCAGCACCAAACGGGCUCGUCUGUCCCUCGAGUUCCCCGAGGUUCCCAGCAAGAGCGACCUCAAGGCCCAUCUUGUAGACUUGCAGGGCAUGGUCGACCUGUCUCGCACCGUCGUGGUCGUGGGAUUCUCGGAACUGGGUCCAUGGGGCAACGCCCGCACGCGCUGGCAGAUGGAGCAUUUGACGGACCUCACGCCGGAGGGCUAUAUCGAGAUGGCCUGGAUAAUGGGCCUGGUCGAGCACUUCCAAGGCCAUCUCGACGGGAAGCCGUUCGUCGGCUGGGUAGAUGCGCAGACCAAACAGCCCGUAGCGGAUGCCGAGUUCAAGGAGAAGUAUCAGGCUCACAUUCUCGCCCAUGCCGGGCUGCGCUUUGUCGAACCGGACUUGCUCGGCGGCUACGACCCGUCCAAGAAAGAAUUCCUGCAGGAGAUCGUGGUCGAGGAAGCGCUGCCGUCCUUCUCGACCUCCAAGGCCAACGCAGACGCCUUCCGGCUGCGGCUCGGCGACAAGGUGGCCGUCCGUCGCAUGCCCGAGUCGGAUGAAUACCUCGUGCAGGUCAAGAGAGGCGCGCAUUUCUUCGUGCCCAAGGCUGUUCCCUUUAACCGCGGCGUUGCUGGCCUGCUGCCCGCCGGAUGGGAUCCCCUGCGCUACGGGAUCCCCGAGGAUAUCGUGCAGCAGGUCGACCCGGUGACUCUCUACGCCCUCUGCUGUGUUUCUGAGGCCUUGCUGUCCGCGGGGAUCCGGGAUCCCUACGAACUGUACCGGUACAUUCACGUCUCGGAGCUGGCCAACUGUCUCGGUACGGGAGCCGGUGCUCAAUCCGCUGCGCAGCGUCUCUACAAGAAGCGAUAUCUCGACCACGCGGUGCAGAGUGACAUCCUGUCCGAGUCCUUCCUGAACACCACAGCGGCUUGGGUGAACAUGCUGGUGUUCUCGUCCACGGGACCCAUCAAGACCCCCGUCGGCGCCUGUGCGACGGCAAUCGAAUCCCUGGAUAUCGGCUGCGAUGCAAUUCGCUCCGGCCGGUCCCAGGUAGCCCUGGUCGGGGGCUACGAUGAUUUCCGGGAAGAAGCGUCGUACGAGUUUGCCAUGAUGAACGCCACGGCAAGCAGCGUCGGCGAGCUGGCCCAGGGCCGGCUGCCCAGGGAAAUGUCCCGGCCCAGCACGACGACCCGUGGCGGCUUUGUCGAGUCCGCUGGAUGCGGCGUCCAGCUCAUCAUGAAUGCCGAGCUGGCCAUCGAGAUGGGGCUUCCAAUCCAUGCGAUCAUCGCGUACACGCAGAUGGCCGGCGACAAGAUCGGGCGAUCCAUCCCGGCGCCGGGACAGGGCAUCUUGACUGCUGCCCGGGAGACAUCCGCAGGCCAUGAUUCAGCCCUGCUCGAUCUGGCGCACCGCCGGAAACGGCUCACGGACGAGGUGGACGCCGUUCACCAGUGGGUGACGCAGCAGCUGGCCGCAACUCGAGGUCCGGCGGGCUGGCCCGACAGGGCGAUUGACGAGAUCGAGGCGACAGCCUUGCGCAAGAUCAAGCACGCGCAGCACGCGUGGGGGAAUGACAUCCGGUGUCAGGAUCCUUCCAUUUCACCUCUCAAAGCUUCCCUGGCAACCUGGGGCUUGACCAUCGACGACGUCCAGGUGGUCUCGAUGCACGGGACAUCGACGAAAGCCAACGACACGAACGAAGCCGACGUGAUCAGCCAGCAGAUGGACCAUCUCGGGCGUCGGCCGGGCAAUCCCCUGCUGGCCGUGUGCCAGAAGGCGCUGACCGGCCAUCCGAAGGGCGCAGCAGGCGCCUGGCAGCUCCACGGCUGCAUGCAGAUGUUGCAGACGGGCAUCGUGCCUGGGAACCGGAACGCAGAUAACAUCGACAGCAAGCUCCGCCAGCACCGGCACAUCGUGUAUCCGAUGGAGUCCAUGCCGAUGCCGCAGUUGAAGGCGGCCAUGCUCACCUCGUUCGGCUUUGGGCAGAAAGGGGGCAUUGCUGUCGUUGUUGCUGCGCGCCAUCUCUUCUCUGCGAUGGCUGAGGAUGAGCUGGAGGCGUACCGUCGUCGAGUCGCAAAGCGCCAACGCGAGGCUGACAGUGCCUAUGUUUCCGGGAUCAUGUCCAAGUCACUGUUCAAAGCCAAAGAGGUCUCCGUCUGGGGCAAAUCGGACGCAAGCAUGAGUCGUAUGCUCCUGGAUCCAAAGGCGCGAGUGGGAGGCCAUCCGGAGAACAACAACAACAACAACAACAACAACAGCAGCAGCAAGAGAAACACCAGCAUCGAGAGACUCACGCGCUUAUUGCUUCCCUCGCAGAAGCCAGAGACAGAAGCAUCUCCCGAGGGCCAGCAAAGCACAUCGCUCACCGCGAGCAUCCAGGCCUUACUGGCCUCUCAAUCCACAACCCGGCCGACGUCAACCAGCAUCGGCGUCGACGUCGAAGCUAUCUCCAGCAUCCCCAUGGGGAACGCCGUCUUUCUGGAGCGGAACUUUACUCGGAGUGAGCGAGAUCACUGCUUUUCCUCGCCAACGCCCCAGGCAUCCUUUGCCGGGCGAUGGAGCGCCAAGGAGGCGGUCUUCAAAAGUCUGCAAACUCCCUCGGUCGGUGCCGGAGCGGCGAUGGCAGAGAUUGAAAUAGUCAGUGACGGGGGGGUGCCUAAAGUGCAGCUCCACGGCCGUGCGAAGGAGGUGGCACUUGCGAAGGGAAUAAGGAACAUCCAGGCUAGCAUUACGCAUUCGGGGGAAACGGUCACUGCCGUGGCAUUGGCAGAGUCAUCGCCGAUGUGUUGAUUAUACUACAACAGGGAUUGACUUCGUGUACUACACCCAGCACAGCGCACGUCUACAAUUUGAUU